CCUCAGCGGAGGUAUUAGACAUCGCAGCAUGGGGCUCACCAAGCAAUACCUACGCUAUGUAGCCACCGCAGUCUUUGGCCUUAUUGGCAGCCAAAAGGGUAAUAUUGUUUUUGUGACUCUUCGUGGUGAGAAAGGACGCUAUGUGGCAGUACCAGCCUGUGAACAUGUUUUCAUCUGGGACUUGAGGAAAGGAGAAAAGAUCCUUAUCCUUCAGGGGCUAAAACAAGAGGUCACUUGCUUAUGCCCCUCCCCAGAUGGGCUGCACUUGGCUGUUGGUUAUGAGGAUGGGUCUAUCCGAAUCUUCAGUCUCCUGAGUGGGGAAGGAAAUGUGACCUUCAAUGGACACAAAGCUGCUGUCACUACCUUGAAGUAUGAUCAGCUAGGAGGCAGGCUAGCAUCAGGGUCCAAGGACACAGAUAUUAUUGUCUGGGAUGUGAUCAAUGAAAGUGGACUCUACCGUCUGAAGGGACACAAGGAUGCCAUCACACAAGCAUUGUUUCUACGUGAAAAGAAUCUGCUAGUUACUAGUGGGAAGGACACUGUGGUGAAAUGGUGGGACCUUGAUACACAGCACUGCUUCAAAACCAUGGUUGGUCACCGAACAGAGGUGUGGGGAUUGGUUCUGGUGUCAGGAGAAAAGAGACUCAUCACAGGGGCCUCAGACAGUGAACUGAGAGCUUGGAACAUCACCUAUCUGCAUGAGAUUGAAGACCUGGAAGAACCAGAGCCCAAGAAAAUCAGAGUGUCUUCUCCAGGAAUGCAGGACACACAGGAGGCAGAAGAUGGUACCUUUGAGCAGGAUGAAGCUCCUGAGGAUCGCAUCCUUGCGUGCCAAAAAGCUGGUUCCAUAAUGCGAGAAGGAAGAGACAGAGUUGUGAAUCUUGCCAUCGACAAGACCGGCAGAAUUCUUGCUUGCCAUGGAACUGAUUCUGUGCUAGAAGUGUUUUGUAUUCUUUCCAAAGAGGAAAUUCAGAAGAAGAGGGAUAAGAAGAUGAAAAAAGCGAGAAAGAAAGCAAAAUUAAAUUCCAGCAAAGGUGAGGAGGAAGACCUUGAAAUCAGUGUGGAAAUGAGUCUGCAAGAUGAAAUCCAACGAGUGACUAAGAUCAAAACUUCUGCCAAAAUCAAGUCCUUUGACUUGAUUCAUUCACCUCAAGGAGACUUAAAAGCUGUCUUCUUGCUGCAAAACAACCUUGUGGAAUUGUAUUCACUGAAUCCGUCUGCACCUGCCCCUCAGCCUGUCAGGACAAGCAGAAUCACCAUUGGGGGUCACCGCAGUGAUGUGCGGACUUUGUCAUUCAGCUCCGAUAAUAUUGCUGUCCUUUCAGCAGCAGCUGAUUCUGUUAAGAUAUGGAACAGAUCUACACUACAGUGUAUUCGCACAAUGACCUGUGAAUAUGCUCUUUGCUCGUUUUUUGUACCUGGUGAUCGUCAGGUAGUCAUUGGAACAAAGACAGGGAAGCUGCAGCUGUUUGACUUGGCCUCUGGAAAUCUGCUGGAGACGCUAGAUGCACAUGAUGGAGCUGUGUGGUCCCUGUCCCUCUCUCCAGAUCAGCGUGGCUUUGUAACAGGCAGUGCAGAUAAAUCUGUCAAAUUCUGGGAUUUUGAAUUGGUGAAAGAUGAAAAUAGUACCCAGAAGAGACUUUCUGUGACACAAACCCGAACUUUGCAACUGGAUGAGGAUGUCCUGUGCGUCAGUUACUCUCCCAAUCAAAAACUGCUGGCUGUGUCCUUGCUGGACUGUACUGUGAAAAUUUUCUAUGUUGACACACUGAAGUUUUUUCUCUCACUGUAUGGACACAAACUGCCUGUUCUCUGCAUGGACAUCUCUUACGAUGGGACUCUAAUAGCAACUGGCUCUGCUGAUAGGAAUGAGAAAAUCUGGGGCUUGGACUUUGGAGAUUGCCACAAGUCUCUCUUUGCACAUGAUGACAGUGUGAUGUUCCUAAAGUUUGUACCGAAGUCUCACCUCUUCUUCACUGCUGGGAAAGACUGCAAGAUCAAGCAGUGGGAUGCAGACAAAUUUGAACACAUACAAACUCUGGAGGGGCACCACCAGGAAAUAUGGUGCUUGGCUGUAAGCCCCAGUGGGGACUAUGUUGUGUCAUCAUCCCACGACAAAUCUCUGAGACUUUGGGAAAGAACAAGGGAGCCACUUAUCCUUGAAGAAGAGAAAGAGAUGCAAAGGGAAGCCGAAUAUGAGGAAAGUGUGGCAAAAGAAGACCAACCAGCA